UUACACGUUUUUUUAAAGCGAGUCUAUACUACAAUGCAUGUUUUUUUUAGGUUAUUUAAGUGUUGCGUAUGAGUGGUGUUGACUUUUUCGCGGAGGGAUCCUUACGCAGCCGCUCGCUCCGGUGUGGAGGGUGAUUUGAAUCGCUCUCUGCUUCUCUUUUUGUUUUAUAUGGACGUAUAUUAAUUUCCCAGUUGCGUUUUUUAUACUCACAUUUUUACAUAUGUUUUAAGGGCAGACGUCCAUAUUAUUUCACUUAAAUUUACAAGAUGGCCACAGUAGAGAUGAACACUGCAGGUCCUAAUGGGGAGCAGAAGGAGAAGAUGCUGUCUUCCUCAGAAGAGGCAGCCCCCUCCAUUUUAAAUGAAUCGUUACCCCCCUUGAACUUCUCUGGACUCACACCUUCUGAGUUUGGAAUCUCUGUCCAGAGUUUUACCCCAGCCUCAUCAUCAGAUCGCAAAGAUAAGUCCCGUCUAGCACAAAUAAAAGCAAGGCGGAGGUCCAACAUUGGUGUCCGUGGCUCUCCAGAGACCAAUUCGCUCAUCCGCUUCGUGGCACAACAGAGAAUGAAGACUCCACCAACCACCCAAACUCCAGAGCUUGUCAGAAGUAGCCCCUUCCUUCCCCGGGUCGCCUCCACUCUGAGGCAGAAGAUGGCCUCCUUCCAGAGCCUGAUGGAUGUGGAGGAGAGUGACGCCUGUGAUCCAAUGCCAACGCAGGACAGCAACACUGGAGGAUGCAUCAAGACAAGAGAUUAUCUGUCUGAUGGGAACAGCCGUGGAGGGAAGGAGAACAACCCACCAAUGAUGCCCACACCCAGCAAGAGGAGGCGUCUGGGCCCCCUCGACAGCUGCAGUGUAGAGAUUAAAGAGGCCAGCACUCCUAUCCCUCACUCCAGUUUGAAGGAGCAGGAGGAUGGUGUCUUUGAACUCCAAAGCCCCAGCCGACCACUGGCUGAUAAUCCUGCAGCUGCUUCACCGCCCCAGCAUUACUCCCACUUCAUCAUCCCGUCUCUCCCUUCUCUGUCUGAGAUGAAGCCUACAGGUGAGAAAGACUCCACUGGGACGCCCACAGUGAAGAAGAAGAAGAAGCAGGUUCGCUUUGGAGGUCCCCUGUCUCCUGAGUUCUUUGAUAAGAACCUGCCUCCCAGUACCCCAUUACAGAAAGGGGGCAUGCCAGCCCGAGCACCCACACCAGGCGAGGGCUUGCAGCUGCGCUCGGUGCUGAAGACGCCGCAGAGGAAUGAAUCUCAGCCAGACCUCAGCAGCCCCACUGUGUUUGGUGCCUCCCCUGAGUUUGCGAUGCCUCGUAACUGCAGAAUGCCAUCUGAGGGAGAGGAGACUGAGGAGAAGGAUGGAAAGAUUGUUUUUCCUUCAAUGGAGGAGGCUGACUCUGCAGGUACAAGUGAUGCAGAAUGUACGUGGGUUACCCAGCCGUUGAAUUUGAACACUGCUUUCUAUGAGGAGUCUCUUUCUCAGAUUGUGACAGAAUCUGACACCAAACCCAGCACAACCUCCCAGAUGGAUGUCCUGGAUGAGCCUGCAUCCCAUCCAGAGGAGGGGAAACAGCCUGAAGCAGAAGCUGAAGCUCCAACUCCAGCCCAAUCCACUAACAGAAGAAAAAAGCCACAACCAGCACAGGAAGCUACUACGGAGGCUUUAACUCGCUCCAGCAGCAGAAAAAGAAAGGCCAACUGUCUGUUCCCCCAGCAGCCAGAGGAGAGUGAACCUGUGAAGAGGUCGACACGGUCUGCUGCCAAGUCAGCCUCUGGGAAGAUGAAGAUGACCUCCACAGCGGCUCGUCGCUGGAACAGGGACGUGGAUCGCUCCCUGUAUGGUUCACGUGCUUAUGCCUCCAAGAACCCCACUCUGAGUCCCAUCACGGAGAGAUUGUCAUUCAUCAGUCAGUCUCCAGCAGCACAGCAGACUCUCUCUAAGAGAGUCACAGACCCAAAUCAGGAGACCUGUCUAAACCUUGAGAUGGCUGCUGACUCUCAAGUCAUUGCUGACCUUGCCGUGACAAAAAUCUUGGAAACUGCUUCUCGAGAUUCUUUCACAUCUUCCAACUCUGAUGAAGAAAAUGCCACGGGGAAAGGCAGGAGGCUGUCUGGGUCGAGGGUGAGAAGAGGAGGGCUGAAGAAAAGGAAGGUCAGUGGUGCUGAUGGUGGCCUGACAAGUGAGAAGCUUCAGGAUCAGACUGGAGCAAAAACAGAGCAGCACUGUGAAGAGCAAACCACUACAAGCCCUCAGGUAUCAAGGGGAAGCACAUCAAAACACACUGUGCCUGAACAGGGAGAUGUUGACACUGAAGAACUUUGCGGCCAGAUUUUUGCAGAUAUUCCCUGCAUUGACUCAGAUGAGAAAUCAGAAUGUUAUCCACCCACCUCAGACUGCUCACCUUCAACUGAGGAAUCCAACAACACACAACCAACACAAAGAGAAACCAUAAACAGCUCAGUCCCACAGGAGCAGCAGAACCACCUGGAGGAGCACCAAACCAGCCAUGAAGGGGAGGAGAAGGGACAGGGAGAGCAAGCAACUAGCCAGCAGGGAAACAUUCAGUCAAGCUCUGUUAGCCCAGAGGAAGGAGCCGUCCACGACAUCGAGCUCGCCCCCUGGCAGGCUGAAUUCAAUUUUGAUGAUGUGUUCAAGCCUGUUGCCACUAGAGGGCAGCGCUCAGUGCGCCGCAGCCUGAGGAAUCAGAGCAAGGGCGAGCACGCUGGCAGUGCAGGACUCGCCUGGCUGCCUCGUACCUCCCCAGACUUCAAUAGAGAGGCCCGCAGGAGGACCCGAGGCCGACGGCUCAGUGCUGCUCUACCUGCUCACCCUUCACUCCCUGAAGAGGCACAAACCACCCCAUGAGCUCCUCUGAUUAUCUGAAAGAACUUAGAUUAAAAUGGGGUAACUAAUACAUUCAUUACACCUUCAUGCAUCCCGACCUGUUUUCUUAAAAUAAAAUGAAGUGAUUUUUGAAAGAAUAGGCUGAUUGUUUUACAAUAUUGAUGCUUUUGUUCUCUGUGAAUUAUCAGAGCUGACCAGUAAUUUGUAUCCGGUUUCCCUCUACUAACCAAAACCAGUCAAUGCACUGAGAGCCCCCUCAUCUCUGCUGACCACCUCCUAAUCAAUACCCUACCACUCAGCUGGUAAUCACAGUACAUCUUCAGCCUCUCCAAAGUCACUGGAUCAGGCAUCUGCAAGUCAAUAUCUACUCUGGUAGAUAGAUGAAGAUGGCUGCACUGCAUUCACCAUAUGUCAGCCAGGACUGAAGUAAUGGAACAGUAAUGAAGGGAGAGAAUACGCUUUACACACAGAAAUCAAAAUAAUAUGCUCAAAUGUUUCACUUUCUUUGUGAUUACUGGGUUUCAGGGGUUUGUUUUAUUCAAACGGUUGAGCUACUAUGUUCUAAGUGACUGUUUAAAUCUACUUUGAAAGUUUCUGCUUCUGAUGAAAAUGCUUUGGUUUUAUGUAAAGACAACACAGUCCAGCAAAAUGUGCUCAUUUGAACAGAUGAUUUAGACUCAUUUGGAAGGAAGUCAUCCAAAUAAUAAAACGGCCAUUGUCGCCACAAAUGG